AUGCCUACUAACGCUAAGCACGUCCGGUCCAGGUCUUUGCAGCAGGGAAAGGGAAAGAGAAAGGGCAAGCGACAGGCUCCCUCGAUCCCCGAUCCCACCUUGUGGGACGAUUACUACAAGGUCACCACCCACGGGGAAGUGACACAGGACGGAGCCCACCGCGUUUCAUGCCAAGUGCAAUGCCGCUACUGCUGGAUGUCCUGGACCAGCAGCAGUUCUCUCCCGUCUGCUACCAAUUUGCAGCUCCAUCUGCACUUUUGCCCGGGUCGCAAAGAGCGUCUCGCUGACGCGCAGAAGCGGAUGCUAGGUAAGUGCCCCGGCCACCUUCCAAAGGAUCCGACAUCAUCGUCCAAGCAGGAAGAAUGGCACUACGAUGGAGAACACUGUCAACCCCCCGAGCUGACCAAGCUGACAACAGAGCAGAUGCGAGAGCGGUUCGUGAUCGGCACUAAGGGCUUCCAGCUGAAGGCGCAGUGCCGCGACUGCGACCGGAAAGUCUGCAAUACGCGGUGGUCGCUCUGCGCCCAUCUGGCUAGGUGCGCGAUGCGCCGCAAGUUCUUGCUCUUCCGGGACGAGAAGGCGGAUCGGUGGGCCAAGUGUCGCGACUGCGGUGCGGUUGUCAAGGCCACUCGCGGUGCUAAAAUGGUGCAUUCAGUUAAGGAGUGCCCUGUUCGGGCCUUUGAUUAA